AUCAUCUGGUAGCAAAACAGGACAAGUUUGGGCCCCUGAAGGAUCAACAGCUUUCAAGUGUCUCAUCUCAGCCAGGUUCUGUGCAGCUCUCUUAAGCAACAUCUCUGAUUGUGAUGAGACGUUUAACUAUUGGGAACCGACACACUACCUCAUUUAUGGAAAGGGGUUUCAGACAUGGGAAUACUCUCCAGCCUAUGCCAUCCGCUCCUAUGCUUACCUGUGGCUUCAUGCCUUACCAGCCUUGUUCCACGCUAGAGUUCUGCAAACAAACAAGGUCCUUGUCUUCUACUUCCUCCGAUGCUUCCUGGCCUUCCUGAGCUGCGUUUGUGAACUCUACUUCUACAAGGCUGUGUGCAAGAAGUUUGGGCUACAUGUGAGCCGGCUGAUGUUGGCCUUCUUAGUACUCAGCACUGGGAUGUUUUGCUCAUCUGCAGCUUUCCUCCCAAGCAGUUUCUGCAUGUAUACCACAGUGGUUGCCAUGACUGGGUGGUACAUGGACAAGACCUCUGUAGCAGUGCUGGGCGUGGCCGCUGGAGCCCUUCUGGGCUGGCCCUUCAGUGCAGCUCUUGGGCUUCCUAUUGCUUUUGACUUGUUGAUACUGAAGCAGAGGUGGAAAAGUUUCCUAAACUGGUGUGUCGUGUCAUUGAUCCUGUUUUUGGUGCCCUUGGUAGUCGUGGACAGCUAUUAUUAUGGGAAGCUGGUAGUUGCACCUCUCAACAUUGUUUUAUACAAUGUCUUCACCUCUCACGGACCUGAUCUCUAUGGUACAGAACCCUGGUUCUUCUAUUUCAUCAACGGCUUUCUGAAUUUCAACGUGGCAUUUAUUUUGGCACUGCUUGUGCUACCACUGACUUGUCUCAUGGAGUGUCUGCUUCAGAAAUUUCAUGUUCAGAAUCUGGGCCGUCCCUACUGGCUGACUCUAGCUCCUAUGUACAUCUGGAUCAUCAUUUUCUUCAGUCAGCCUCACAAAGAAGAGAGGUUUCUCUUUCCCAUCUAUCCCCUCAUCUGUCUCUGUGGUGCUGUGGCUCUGUCUGCUCUUCAGAAAUGUUACCACUUCAUAUUCCAGCGCUACCGCCUGGAACACUACACAGUCUCCUCCAACUGGCUGGCUCUGGGGACUCUCUUUCUCUUUGGCCUUUUGUCGUUGUCACGCUCGGUUGCCUUAUUCAGAGGCUACCAUGGGCCCCUGGACCUGUACCCAGAAUUUCACAGGAUUGCUACUGACCCAAGUAUUCACACUGUGCCGGAGGGAAGACCGGUUAAUGUCUGCGUGGGAAAGGAGUGGCACAGAUUUCCAAGUAGCUUUCUUCUGCCGGAUAAUUGGCAGCUCCAGUUCAUCCUGUCAGAAUUUAGAGGCCAGUUACCAAAACCGUUUGCCAAGGGACCAAUGGCCACACAGAUGAUUCCCACUGACAUGAAUGACCAAAAUAAGGAAGAGCCAUCUCGAUAUAUUGACAUUUCCAAAUGCCACUAUCUGGUGGACUUGGAUACAGCAGCUGAAACCCCAAGGGAGCCAAGGUAUUCGUCCAACAAAGAAGAGUGGGUAACCAUUGCCUACAAGCCAUUCCUAGAUGCUUCCAGGUCCUCAAAGCUGCUGCGUGCAUUCUACAUCCCUCUCCUCUCAGAACAGUACACAUGGUAUGCAAACUAUACUAUUCUGAAAUCCCGGAGGUUGAAGCAAACCAGGAAAAAAAUGGGAGGCUAGCAACACACCUGGGCAACAAAACCAAAAGCAUCUGCUGACACUCUUGGACAGCUGCCUAAGCCAUCUACAGUUCCUUUUUUGAAAGAUUGCGCUUGUAAGAUUCACUAAUAAAGAUUUCCCAUGAAGUGAUUUUGCUCUGCAA